UUUAGUCCCUCUGGUUUAGUGAAAUGUAACCUUUCGUCCCUCUGUUUUAAAAAAUCAUCAAUUUAGUCACUGUGAUUUUUAAAAACUAUGCCAUUGGUUCCUCCCGUUAGAUUUUCAAUUAAAGUCGCCGUUAGUCUUAGUUAAAAGACUAAAAUACCCAUUAUUAAUAUCAUUCUCUUCUUCUUCUUUACACCCACAUCCCAAACUUAGAAAUGAGCACUAGCCUGAAUGGCAGCUUUAGGCGGAGGAAACUAAUCCCUCGAAAUGCCGCCACCUACACAACCAAGCACUAGCCUGAAUGGUGACCACAGACCAUUACGCCCACCGCAGAGUUCAAACACCCACCACCACCAUCCUUACUACCCAACGUCGUCGUCUUCCAAGUCAGCCUCCUUGAAAGGCUGCUGCUGCUGUUGUCUCUUCCUUCUCUUCUCCUUCCUUGCUCUCCUUGUUCUCGCUAUCUUUCUUAUCAUUAUUCUCACCGUCAAGCCUAAGAAACCUGAGUUCGAUCUCCAACAAGUCGGGGUCCAGUACAUGGGCAUCCCCGCUUCUAAUCUCAAUUCACUUGACCCGACCAUCGGCACAACCACCAUGACCACUGGCGCCACCACCACUUCACUCUCUUUAACUAUCCACAUGCUAUUCACUGCCGUUAAUCCCAACAAGGUAGGGAUCAAGUACAGCGAGUCUAAUUUCACUGUCAUGUAUCAUGGGAUUCCUUUGGGGAAGGCUUCGGUUCCUGGGUUUUAUCAGGAGGCUCAUAGCGAGCGGCAGGUGGAAGCCACCAUCUCCGUUGAUCGCUAUAGCUUGAUCCAGGCCAAUGCUGUUGAUUUAAUCAGGGAUGCUUCGCUGAAUGAUAGAGUGGAGCCUCGGGUUUUGGGUGAAGUUGGUGCUAAGAUCCGUGUUGUAGACUUCGACUCACCUGGAGUAGCCAUCCUUCUUCUCUUUUCUAUCUUUCAGCAUCAGCUUUUCUUUUUUACUUCUAAGAUUGGCUUUACCUUGCAUUAA